AAAUUUACAUUAUUUAUCAGGGACAUAUUUGUGUUUUUAUCUUUUUUUGGGGGGAAUAUCUAAAUGGAAUAGGAAUGAGACCUGAAACGAGGAAUAUUUCGACCUUCUUUUGGGGUCUGCUGUUCUGUGUAAGCACGAUGUACCAGUUCGCCUGUGGACAGAAUGGAGAGGUUGUCUGUGGCCCUCACAUCGAUAUCCGCAACGACAUCAGCGAAUUCAAGAAGCUGGAGAACUGCACAGUGGUGGAAGGCUACCUGCAGAUCCUCCUCAUCGGAGAUAAAAACCACAACCCUUACCAGGAGUUCCGCACGCUCAGCUUCCCCAAGCUCACCAUGGUCACCGAUUACCUGCUGCUUUUCCGCGUGGCCGGCCUGGACAGCCUCAGCACGCUGUUCCCCAACCUCAGCGUCAUCCGGGGACGCAACCUGUUCUACAACUACGCCCUGGUGAUCUUUGAGAUGACCAGCCUGAAGGACAUCGGCCUUUACAACUUGAGGAACAUCACGCGAGGCGCCAUUCGGAUCGAGAAGAACCCGGAGCUGUGCUACCUCGAGUCAGUGGACUGGUCGCACAUCAUGGACGCCGAGUUCAACAACUAUAUCGCUGGGAACAAGCAGUCUAAGGAGUGUGGAGAUGUUUGCCCUGGUAUUAUGGAGGACAACCCACAGUGCUUCAGGAGCAGCUUUAACAACAAUUAUAGCUACCGCUGCUGGACCUCCAGCCACUGCCAGAAAGAAUGCCCACUGAAAUGUGAGACCCGGGUCUGCACCGAUUCCGGCGAGUGCUGCCAUCCACAGUGCCUGGGAAGCUGUACGGAGCCAGGCAAUGACAUGGCGUGUGCCGCAUGCCAGCACUAUUCCUACGAGGGCCGCUGCAUGCCAGACUGUCCGGCGGGCACCUACCGCUUUGAGGGCUGGCGCUGCAUCACUAUGGAGAUGUGUGCCCGGGUGCAUCUGCCCAGCGAGGUGGACUUUGUCAUUCACAACGGCGAGUGCAUGCCUGAAUGUCCAUCUGGCUUCACCCGCAACGAGAGCCAAAGUAUGUUCUGCAGUGAGUGCGACGGCCUUUGCGAUAAGGUCUGCGAGACCAAAACCAUCGACUCGGUGGAUGCUGCCCAGUCCCUGCAGGGCUGCACUGUCAUCAAAGGCAACCUGCACAUUAAUAUCCGUCGAGGCAAUAACAUUGCAUCAGAGCUGGAGAGUUUCAUGGGCUUGAUUCAGACAGUGACGGGCUUUGUGAGGAUUAAGCAUUCCCACACUCUAGGCUCCCUCUCGUUCUUGAAGAGUCUGCGCUACAUUAACGGGGAGGAACUGUUAGAUAAUAUGUACGCAUUCGCUGCACUUGACAACCAGCACCUGAAGAACCUUUGGGACUGGAGCCAGCACAACCUGACCAUCCGAGCAGGAAAGCUCCUUUUCCGCUCCAACCCCAAACUCUGCAUGUCCGAGAUCCACAAAAUGUGGGAGAAGACGGGCGUCUUCGAGAAGAUGGUGGAAGAUGACGUUCGGAACAAUGGCGAGCGAGCCAGUUGUGAGAGUCAUAUCCUAAAAUUCAAGUCCAACCAAACCCAGAGCACACGGAUAAAACUGACCUGGGAACACUACCGGCCGCCAGACUACAGAGACCUCAUCAGCUUUAUUGUCUACUACAAGGAAGCACCAUUCCAGAACGUGACCGAGUUUGACGGACAGGACGGCUGUGGAUCCAGUUGGUCCAUGGUGGAUGUGGACCUGCCUCCAGAAAAAUCAAUAGACCCGGGAGUUCUACUCUACCCUCUGAGGCCCUGGACGCAAUAUGCUAUCUUUGUGAAAGCUAUCACCUUGGUGGUGGAAAAUAAACAUAAUACGGACGCCAAGAGUGAGGUGGUCUACAUCCGCACCAAAGCUUCAGAACCCUCAAUGCCCAGAGAUGCUCGUGUGUAUGCCAAUUCCUCCUCGUCACUGCUGGUGAAGUGGUCUCCUCCUAUCUCACGAAAUGGGAACUCUACGUACUACCUGCUCCGUUGGCAGCAGCAGCCUGAGGACCGUGAGCUCUACCAGCACAACUACUGCUCGAAAGAACUGAAAAUCCCGAUCCGAGUCUCAGCGACAGCCCUGUCGGAAGUGGAAGAGGAGACCAAGCCUACACAAUCAGAUGUGGCUGGGGCCGAAAAAGGCCCAUGCUGCCAGUGUCCCAAGACCAAAGAGGACCUGAAGGCCGAGGCCGAAGAGCGUGCCCUCAGCAAAGUGUUUGAGAACUUCCUCCACAAUUCAGUUUUUACGCCCAGACCUCCAGAAAGACGUCGUCGAGACGCUUUUGGAGUCGCUAAUGGCACGUUGGCGCCAGGCGUGGACCGCAACGUAACGGGGCCAGAAAGCAACAUGACUGAGGCAGAGCUGCUAGAGCGAGUGUACCCGUUCAUGGAAGCCAAGGUCCAUACCGAGUCCAUGGAGAUCUUUAACCUGAAGCCGUUCACUGUCUAUCGCAUCGACAUCCACGCGUGCAACCAUGAGGUCAAGGGAUGCAGCGCAGCUACCUUUAUUUUCUCCAGGACCAAACCAGCAGAAAAAGCAGACAACAUUCCUGGCCCAGUAACCUUUGAAAUGGACGAGAGGACAAAGGAUACGGUUUUGCUGAGGUGGCCUGAGCCGCCGCAGCCCAGCGGCCUCAUCCUUAUGUACGAAAUCAAGUUCCGCCUGGGCACAGAUAAGCAUGAGUGUGUGUCGCGCCAGCAGUACCGGGAGCUUAAAGGAACACGCCUGACCAACUUGGGAUUUGGUAACUACUCGGUCCGGGUGAGAGCCACCUCGCUGGAAGGAAACGGUUCCUGGACUGAACCCCUGUCCUUCUAUGUUCCUCGGUCUCACCCCUAUGAGAACAUGCUCUACCUAGCAAUUACUGUGCCCAUCAUAGUGCUGAUCAUCUUCAUAAGCCUCAUCACUACCGUCAUCUUCAUUAAAAAGAAGAGGAACAAUGACCGGUUAGGUAAUGGGGUCCUUUAUGCCUCCGUGAACCCCGAGUACUUCAGUGCAGCAGAGAUGUAUGUGCCAGAUGAGUGGGAGGUGGCACGUGAGAAGAUCACCUUGUGUCGAGAGCUGGGCCAAGGUUCUUUUGGCAUGGUGUAUGAGGGCAUUGCCAAGGGCGUGGUCAAAGAUGAACCCGAAACCAGGGUGGCCAUCAAGACGGUCAACGAGUCCGCAAGCAUGAGGGAACGCAUCGAGUUCCUCAACGAAGCCUCAGUGAUGAAGGAAUUCAACUGUCACCAUGUGGUACGACUUCUGGGUGUGGUAUCACAAGGCCAGCCCACUCUUGUAAUCAUGGAGCUGAUGACAAAGGGAGACCUGAAGAGCUACCUGCGUUCACUGCGCUCAAAGGAGCAGGGCUCAUGCAGUCACACACUGCCACCACUGAAGAAGAUGAUCCAGAUGGCGGGCGAGAUUUCGGAUGGCAUGGCAUACCUCAACGCCAACAAGUUUGUCCACCGGGACUUGGCUGCCAGAAACUGCAUGGUAGCUGAAGACUUCACCGUCAAAAUCGGAGAUUUUGGCAUGACGCGAGACAUCUACGAGACGGAUUACUAUCGGAAAGGAGGCAAAGGGCUGCUGCCAGUUCGCUGGAUGUCCCCUGAGUCUCUGAAAGACGGCGUCUUCACCACAAACUCAGAUGUCUGGUCAUUUGGGGUGGUGUUAUGGGAGAUCGCCACUCUCGCAGAGCAGCCCUACCAGGGCAUGUCCAACGAGCAAGUACUGCGCUUUGUUAUGGAGGGAGGUUUGCUGGACAAGCCGGAUAACUGCCCAGACAUGCUGUUCGAGCUGAUGCGCAUGUGCUGGCAGUACAACCCCAAAAUGCGGCCCUCCUUCCUAGAAAUCAUCAGCAGCAUCAAGGACGAGCUGGAGCCGUCCUUCCGCGACGUCAGCUUCUUCUACAGCGACGAGAACAAGCCGCCCGACACGGAGGAGCUCGACGUGGAGAUGGAAAACAUGGAGAACGUUCCUCUGGAUCCCACCUCCACCCUCACUCCACCUUCAUCUCAGGGUCUCACGGAGUCGCCCACGCCGCCCUCGGCCCCUAUGCCCUGCACCUCGGUCCCUACCCCUUCCACGUCGCCCUCUUCCUCCACAGCGUCCCCGGCGCUGGACACGCGCUUCGACAACACGCAGCCGUACGCGCAUAUGAACGGCGGCCGGAAAAAUGAGCGAGCGCUUCCGCUGCCCCAGUCGUCAGCCUGCUGAUUCAUCCUAUUUUACACGCGAGGUGUAUUCCAGACAUCCCUGACCCGUUGGUGUCCAUUUGUUUUCUAUGUACUUUAUUUUCCAGAGAGACAAAGCCCUACUGUA